AUGACUUUAUACUUUCUCACUUUUCUUUUCCUCUACAUAUAUCUUUCUAUCUGUUCUGCGUAUAUUGUUUCACUUUCAAUAUUUCUUUUUCCUAUGAUUUCUUCGAUUUUUUUUUGCAUUUUAUUCUUUUUAUAUCUUUCUUUUCUGGCAUUCACACUCCCCCCUUCUAAAUCUUCAUUCUCAUUCUUCUCUUUUUUUUACUUCAGGCAUUCACACUCCCCCCUUGUAAAUCUUCAUUCUUCUCUUUUUUUUAUUUCUGGCAGCAUUCACACUCCUCCUUCUAAUUCUUCAUUCUCAUUCCUUUUUUUUCUGGCAUUCAUUCUUCAUUCUUCUCUUUUUUUUUUAAUUCAGGCAUUCACACUCCCUCCUUCUAAUUCUUCAUUCUCAUUCUUCUCUUUUUUUUUUACUUCAGGCAUUCACACUCCCUCCUUUUUUAAUUCUUCAUUUCAGCAUUCAGCAUUCCCUUCUUCUAAUUCUUCAUUCUCAUUCUUCUCUUUUUUUUUACUUCAGGCAUUCACACUCCCCCCUUCUAAAUCUUCAUUCUCAUUCUUCUCUUUUUUUUACUUCAGGCAUUCACACUCCCCUCUUCUAAUUCUUCAUUCUCAUUCUUCUCUUUUAUUUACUUCUGGCAUUCACCUCCCCACUUCUAAUUCUUCAUUCUCAUUCUUCUCUUUUUUUUUACUUCUGGCAUUCAAACUCCCUUCUUCUCAUUCUUCAUUCUCAUUCUUCUCUUUUUUUUACUUCUGGCAUUCACACUCCCUCCUUCUAAUUCUUCAUUCUCAUUCUUCUUUUUUUUUUUACUUCAAGCAUUCACACUCCCUCCUUCUAAUUCUUCUUUCUCAUUCUUCUCUUUUUUUACUUCAGGCAUUCACACUCCCUCCUUCUAAUUCUUCAUUCUCAUUCUUCUCUUUAUUUUACUUCAGGCAUUCACACUCCCUCCUUCUAAUUCUUCCUUCUCAUUCUUCUCUUUCCUUUUUUUUUUUUUCAUUCUCAUUCAUUCACAUUCCUCCCCCUUCUAAUUCUUCAUUCUCAUUCUUCUCUUUUUUUACUUCAGGCAUUUCACCUCCCCAACCUAAUUCUUCAUUCUCAUUCUUCUCUUUUUUUACUUUAGCAUUCAAACUCCCUCCCUUCUAA